UAAAAAAAAAUCUUCAGGAUGAACAUCAAAACGAUUCGAUUAAAUCGAAAGAAGAAAAAGAAGAUUUAGAUUUGAAUCGAGCAUCGUUUAAUUUAAGCGAUAUCCCACCACCAAUCGAGGAUUUUCCUGUGUUUGAUUUUGUGGUUCCUCCCCCGAUUAUUGAAGAACCCAUCGAAAUAAAUUCGCUUAUUGUGCCUCCACCCCCACCCCCAAUCGAUUUUGCAUUAAGUGACGAAGAAGUAAUAGAUAAAGAAGAGGAGGAAGUAAAAAAGUUGGAAGAAAUAAUCGAUGAUAUUCAACUCAUCAAUAAAACCCCAUCCUUCGAUAAAGAAAUUGAAGAAUUUGUUGAAAAAUUUAAUAAAAGUGAUGCCUCAUCCCUUAUUAUAACAGAAAAAAGUUUAGAUAUUUCCGUAGAGAAUGGAGAAGAAGAAGUUAUUGAAGAAAUUGAGAAAAAAGAUUCAAAUUUAAAUGAUACUUUGAAUCGAUUCCGAAAAAAAAGUCAACCCGAUUUAAAAUUAGAAACUUCAUCUCCAAAAACUUUAGACCCAAACGAUGAUAUCCCACCACCUUUACCAUUAACCCCACCUCCUACAAUUAUUGAAGAACCAAAAUUGGAUGUUUUAAAAAUUCAUUCGGAAUCGACGGUUCAAAAAACGGAUUCGUUCGCGGAUAAAUUAUUUAAAAAAUACGACGAUGUUAAAGUUUUCAAACCAAAAAUCCCCCCUCAAGUUCCAACAAAACCGAAAUCAUGGGCUAAAUCGACUUCGAAUUUAUUAAGCGAAGAUGCACCUCAAAAUAACUUAAAAUUCGUUCGGUGCGUUUCCCGGGAAGGAGUUUUAGGGGAAAGUUAUGAUUUUCACGUGACUAAUCCGUUUUUGGUCGAUAUGAAGGAUAAUUUUACGUUUCAUAGUGUUCAAGAAUUAGAAAUAAAUCAAAAGCCACCUCCUUCACCGAAAACUAAAAAGGUACCGAUGAGUGAACGAUUGAAAUUCUUUGAAAACGCGAUGGAAGAGAGUCAGAAACCGUCGCCGAAACCGGAAAAGGUUUUUAGUUAUUUAAGCGCGGAUGAAAUUGAAAAGAUGAAAGCGGAGGAGGAACGAAAAAUUGCGACUUUGAAACGAUCCGAAAUCGGGUCUUUGGGGAUUUUAGAUCAUUCUGAUGAAGAAAUUUAUGAACCACCUGCUCGGUAAGUUUUUAUCAUAGCU